UUGAUUCAUUCCGCACGGUCGUCGACAUAGUCGGGCAGUGGCCGUCGGCGGAUCGCGAUGUGGGAGGACGAAUUGCGAAGUAGUGAUCGAUAGGCGUGUGGAUCACGGAUUGAGAUCAGCGUGUCGCCAAUUCGCCACCGCCAACAUGGUGAAGGUGACUGUGCAUUAACAACAGCACAGGUGCAACUCGAGGAACUUGGUCAUCGCGUCGCGGCCGUCACAUCGUGAGAACGCGACACGAAUCGUAAACCGCCGAAGCCGCGCCGAACACCACCGAGUGCAGACGAACGAAGCCGAACGUGUCCGAGCGCGGCGAAAGUCUGCGGCUCGCCCGACCGAGGGAUGCUCGCGCGCACAUGGUGACAUCGUCUUCCGGGUCAGUCCGAAAGUAAUUUUGAUGUGAAAGGAAGUGCGCCGUGGCAGACGAGCUCGUAUUUAUCAGACGACACCGAAAUUGGCUUUCUCGAAAUAUCUCCGGCGAGCUCGUUAAAACGGCGCUUCCGUGGGUAGCUCAUGGGGUGUAAUGGCGAUUGGGAAGGUGUUUUGUUUAAUGAUGCUGUGGGACUGAUUGCUGCAAUGAAGUGCAUUAAAUUUAUACGAAUGACAAUGGGCUGAAACGUCUGAAUAAUCAGCAUCUACACAUAACUGUCACAUACUUUUUUUGUCACAGCUUUUGCUAAACAUGGCAACGGUAGAAGAGAAGAAACGAGUGGGUGGUUCUAAGGUGUCAGCCAUCGCGAACAUUUUCCAGUCCAAGCCACAGCUGGAAAAUCUGAGCCACAGAACGAAUAAUAUCCUAUCGGAUGGUUUCAAGGAACCAGCUGUUCCGCUGAAGGAGUCGCCGACGCAAGUGACAGUAGUCAGGACUGAAAGCCAUGUGGCACGCUUCAACAAUGCACGUGCUCUCUUCGAAAAACUUGGUGAAGAGAAUAAAACGAGCAGACCUGUGGAGCGAGUCACGAAACCGAACAACUUGCAUGGUCUUCGAUCUCGCUCUAGCUCGGCGAACUCGGGUUCCGGUUGCACCUCUCCCGCGAGAUCACCGCGUCCGCGUUCGCCGUCUCCGCCGGGCAGUCGCGAGCAUCUGAGCACGUGGAGUGCCAGCGUGCCGGCCUUGAACGCGGAACGGCAUUUCGAAAACGGUCACUGCAACAUGCCGGAUCAGCGGCGUGCCGUAGUGGCUGGACUGGUGGGCGGUAAGGUUGAACGAACAUUGGGCAAGGAAAACGACCGUCCCGAACGACCCGAGAAACCGGAGCGCCGACCGAAUUCGAAGGAGUUGAUCGAAAAGCAACGUAAUUGGACCAGUCACUUCUCAAAAACCAGACCAAGCCGCUACAACUCCGACCCGAAUCGCUCGCUGGUGCAAACGUCUCUCAACUCACAGAACGCAACUCAUAACGCGACCCAGCAGCAGCAGUCGUCCGUCGACGGGUUAUGUCAGAGUACAACGAGCGCGACCAACGACACCGCUAGCCCGGCUAGGUCGGCGAGUUUCUGUUCUGCGCGAUCACCUCCGCCACCGCUACCACCGGUCAGAAAUUCGUCGGCAGCCGGUAGAAGAGAGCGACCGGCCAGUAUCGCCGCGCUCAGCCCGUCGGAUCUACCGGAAAGUCCAGAAUAUGCGACGAUAGAAAAGUUCGACGACAUCUCGCCGACUAUUCCGGAAUAUGCCGUCGUACAGAAAACGAGAAAGCCGCAAGAGGAUUCAAAGGAAAUCCAGGACAGUGGUUCUGAUAAGAUUCAGGACUCCGCCGUGCCGGAAUACGCUGUAGUGCAGAAAAACAGUUCAAAGUCGGUCUCGAGGCCGGCUGAUGGUCAAAAAGAGGCUUUCAAGACCGCGCAGAACUUUAAAAACUCACUAGCUGCGGAAGUAGCUCCUGCUUGCAAGCCUGUAGUUUCGAGGUCGUCGGAGAGCCCGAAAGAUGCUUCGAAGGUGUCUAGUGUGCAAAACUCGAAAGAUCCAACGACUGUAGAAGCAAUUCCGACAUGCAAGAAUGCAUUUCCAAGAUCAGCGGACGUUCCCAAGGAGACUUCAAAGGGCUCCACAACUAUGGAGGAAAUGGCAAGUUUUAAAACUACAGUUUCCAGGCCAACGGAGAGCCCGAAGGAGACUGUGGAGAGCUCGAAGGAGAUUUCGAAGAGUCCAAUAGCUACGGAGACAAUCGUAGACACUAAAAUUGCAAUCACGAAAGAACACAAUGACUUAUCGGAACAAACAAAACCAUCUUUAGUGCUCCACUGCGAGCUUUCUAGUCCGAUUCGAAGCAGCACUUCGGUGGACAGUGCCCAGUUGACGAGGAGAGAGAGCGAUUUGUUAGAAGCACCGGAGUAUCUAAAUUGCCCUCCAAGUCCGAUUCAUUCGCCAGCGAAAACAUCUGAGUGGCGGAAUGAGUGGUUGGCGAAGAAUGACGAGAUCCUGAAAAGAACCGUGGAUAUGAAGGAUCUGAAGUCCUCCUCGAGGGAGGCACUAGAAGCGGAAAUUACACGUGGUGAGGUGAUAACAAGGCCGGAUCCUAGACCCGACUGGGCCAGGCCUAGCGCGAACGCUAAGAGGAAAGAGACGACAAGCGACGACAAGAGGAACGAGCUGAUGCGCUCACCGGAAUCCGAACUAGGUUUGCCCUCCUCCGCAGGCACCGACAGCGCCUCGUCCAGCAUGAGUUCGCCUAGUUCACCUUCCAAAGAUAGCAAGGAGGAGAAGGCGGAGAAGGAGAUGUCGGAGAAGCAUCAGACAGGUCGCAACAGCUAUGACUUGGAGACAGAGGAUCAGGAAAAGCCAGCUACAUACCAGAGCUGUAUUUCAGAGAUGGAGAGCCUCUCAGAGAAGGAUCAAUUCAAGUUUAACGAAAUAGACACAACCACAGUCAUUCGACGUUCUCAUGUGCGCCUCGAUCUUCAAGCUGCAGGUCUGGGUCCACGUCCACCCUCUGUCAUUAGUUCUGACCAGGAAUAUCCUCCACUGGAGCACAAGGACAUCCCUGUACCCUCGCCGUAUUCGAAAAGGCUGCAGAGCGAAGAAGUUGUUUCGCCGAGCAAUGCCGAGUGCAAAGCUCAAACGAAAUUGCCGAGCACGGAGCAGGUAAAGAACUAUAGCAACAACGCUGUGGAAACAAUAAAAAUCAACUCCGUAUCUGUUACGGAAACAAUAUCAGACGCAAAAGUGAAGCCUACCGGCGACGGAGUGUGCCAGAAGACAGUGUCAAAUGCAAAGAACGAUCAAAUUAAGAUCAGCGUUAGGGAAAAGAUCGCGAAGAACAGGGAAGAAGUCUCCGGCAAACGUUCCAGCUUCGCUGAAGCAGAAAGUAAAAUGGACAGUAUGGAGAAAACGACUUAUGGCGGCACGAAUCGUAGCCAGGAAGCAAAUUUAGGGCUCACUGCGAAAGAAAGCAAAGACGAGGAGAAAUACGCGACAGAAGUGUCCAAGUCAGAGAUCAGUAGCAGUAGGAAGGAGUGCAUCGCGGCGGUAAACAGUGUACUGAUGAGCAAGAAAGCGCAGGAGAGUGUUGUUGAGCAGCCGCAGACAACGUGGGAGCAGGAGAAGCAGAAAGCCGAGCUGGCGAAACUUAGGCUGUCGGAGAACUACAAUCAGUCAACAUCCCCGUUGCCAGCGUCCAAUGUACUUACACAAAAGCAUUCCGGCAGAAGAUCCAACGACUACAACACGUCGGAGAGCAGUUUGAUCGAGGACAGCGACUCGAGUGACACAAAGACAGUCGUUAAUUCGUCGGAGUGUGCAACAACGGAAGCGCAGAAUAAUUCUACCGUUUUGGAGACUCCCUCAAAGGCCAGCGUCAAUCAUAUUACACCCGUGACACCGGACACUAUGACUCCGGAUGAGGCUGAAAAUCUGUUGAGCUCUCGCAUCCUGGAGAAGAAGAUCAGACAAGGUUCGGCGCUGCUAUCGGACGAGGAAGCGCAGGAGAUCGCGAGGCUGUUGUCUCCCACCGGUGCAGAUGAUGCAGUAGGUGACGGGAUUUCUAAUGACAAGGAUAAGGAAGGACAGGACAGGGAUAGAGACGACCAGGACAACACGCCCGACUGGCUGUCCGAUGUCCUGUCUGCUCCUGAUUCCAGUCUUAUCAAUAGCGCCACUCACGAUUAUAGUUUAACUCAUAGGUCCCGCAGUGACUUGACAAUAGAUUCGUUAACGGAGAGUCAAGUGGGAUCAGUAACAGGAAGCGAGAGCGGACUACUGGGUUCUGUAAGCAGUUUGAACGACACCCAUGAAACCAACGAUGACACUGAAACAGAACAUCAAGACGAUUACAUUCCAAUUCCAGGGAAAAUUGUUCUCGUAGAGAAUGGCGUGCAUUAUUUCGAAGAUGGCCACUUCUGGAUGGAGGUCGCAGGGAUUCCAGAAUCUGAUGACGAUGACGAAGAUUAUCCGUCCACCGUGCCCGUUAAGAAAACGACUAAAGUAUCUUUCGACUCUGGUCCUAUGCGUGUUUAUUCCACGCACUCCGUAAAUGAAUAUGAUCGUCGCAACGAAGACGUAGAUCCUGUGGCGGCCAGUGCUGAGUACGAGUUGGAAAAGCGUGUUGAGAAGAUGGAGGUCUUCCCAGUAGAGUUAAUGAAAGGGCCGGAAGGAUUGGGUCUUAGCAUAAUUGGAAUGGGUGUGGGUGCUGACGCUGGCCUGGAGAAGCUGGGUAUUUUUGUGAAGACCAUCACCGAGCAGGGUGCGGCCGCGCGCGAAGGUCGUAUCCAGGUGAAUGACCAAAUUGUCGAGGUGGACGGCAAGAGCUUGGUCGGCGUAACUCAAGCGUAUGCCGCUAGCGUUUUAAGGAAUACUUCUGGAUUGGUACGAUUUGUUAUCGGUAGAGAAAAAGAUCCCAAGAACUCGGAAGUGGCGAUGUUGAUCAAGCAAAGUCUUCAAGCGGAUAGGGAACGAGAACAAGCGAACGCUGCUAAGAAACUAAACUUUUCUGAUGCCUCCCCCGAUGGUCAACGAGGGAGUGAGGAUAUUUCUAUUGGCAGCGGAAUAAGUGGAAUUCCUGGUUCGCCAGUGCUGUCAUCAUGCUCAGAGGGAGAACCACCUCACAGUCCCAUCGAAAAUUACCUGUCGCCUUCUAGUCGCAGCCGAUCUCCGAUUCUUAGCUCGUCCCUGCCUCCACACACUACUACUACACAGAAUGAUGUAGACAGUCUGAGAUUACUCCUGCAGGAGAGUCAGUAUAAACUUGCAAUAGCGGACGAGGAAGUCGAAAAUCUCAAAGCGAAGCUGGUGGAAUUAGAAAACAGCGGAGCAGGUAGCGAAGAGUAUGCAGCUAAAUUACGGGAAUCAGGAUUACGUCUUCACGAGUCGGAGAGAGCCUUGGGUACUGCUCGCCAAGACUUGUCGGCAACCAGGGAUAUGUUGUCCCAAGCAACGGCGCAAAACGCGGCUCUACAGCAAAAAUAUGCCAGAGCCAGGAGGGCUGCCAGAGAGUUGCGAGCAGAUAUCGCAGCCAGAGAUGAAUUUUAUCAGCAAUUGUUGCAGGAAAAGGACACGGAGUAUAAUGCGUUGGUGAAAAGUCUCAAAGACAGAGUAAUCACAUUGGAAGUGGAGCUGACCGAUACUCAGAAACGAUUUGGCUUGCCAGUACGGUUGCCGUACGACAAUACUACUGCCAGGAUAGUGACGCCACAGCUUUCUCGCAGACAACUACCACCGCCGCCUUCGUCGACUAGUUGUCAGCUUUCCGACACAGAGACCUCUGAUCUCAGUAGCCCGGACGACGGUGACAAAACUGCAACAGUAGAAAGAAAAUUGCCUUUACCACUGCCGGUGAAAGAAGAAUUAGAUCGUGCUGUACCGGCUCAUCGUUUGCUGGAUAAUUCUGCCGGCAAGAGCAAGGCAGAGCUUGCUAGCAGGGGUGGUUUAGCCAAUCGUCAACUACCUAAGCGAUCUGGAGGUCUCAGCAAUAGCAGUUCGGAUUAUGGAUUAGACGAGUCGGGCGACAACACAGACGACGAUUCCUCUUCAAAACUUACUUCGCAGGACAACAGCAGCCGAUCGCCCAACGACUUGACCUCUAAGCAGUCCAACCUAAGUUCUUACUCUAGUACUUCAUCCAUCAGCUCGCUCAAGGGGAAACACAUGGAUCCCAUACAUCCUACGGCGAUUAGACACAGCACCAUCAGCUCGCAAGUCAGAGCGAUGACCGAGCAGAGCUGGCCUCAAUCACAAAAAACUUUAACCGGACCUCCCGCAUCAUUGGCGGAACAGCUAAAGCAGGUUUUAGCCGAGAGAGAGAAGCGACUUGGCGGAAAUGAUUCCUCGAGGGAGAGCUCUGGCGAUUUCAGUGAUCUCAAUAAUCCCCAUAAUAACGAUCCAACCAUAGUCACGCAUCAUCUUGUAGAGGAGAUACGACAAGCUGUUAGCGAGGCUAAUCAAAGAGCUAAACUUGUGCUUUCAGUGAAGAAAGUAUCGAUUCCUCCGUCAAAUUUAAUCGGCAGUGGAGGAGCUCCCUGGCACCAUCCAGGAAGUUCUCCAUCGAGCUUGUCUUCUGGUGGUUCCGUGAGUCCUCCAGCUGUCGAUCCUAGUCCUUCGAAAGCUGGUAGCCUUGCAGAUUCGAGCGCAGUUUGGUUGCCCGCUCAACUGAGCGACUUUGGUUUAGGUGACAAGAAGUCCCACUUUUGGCAGAACGCUCCGGUCACGGAUUGGUCCAAAGAGCAAGUUUGCCAAUGGCUGACGGGAAUCGGUUUGGAACGCUAUUCUCCACAAUUUUUAGACAGUGGUAUCAACGGAAGCAACUUGCUACGUUUGGAAUCAAGAGAGCUAAAGGCUUUGGGAGUUUAUGGUGAAGCAAAAGCUCAUCUGAAGCGCAAAUUGAAAGAAUUGAGGGCCCAGGCCGAUCGUGAGCGUAAGGAGCGUAAAGAAAUUGAACGAAUGCGACGAAAAGCAGAAAAAGCUGCACGGAAAAAAUAGCUUACGAAUAAGAUGGACGCGUUUGGUAUUAACUAGAUAUUCGGUAGAAUAUUACGAAUCCUGUGAGCGCGAGGUAUAUAGGGUGUCUCAAAGGAGGUAAAUGAAGAAAAGUGGGAAAUUUGAAAUUUAUUAAGAAGUAAUAUUUGUUGAAAAAGUUAGGUAACAAAUUUCCCGCGGAAAAUAAUAAAUGAAAGUAAAUGCGAGUUAAAGUUAUAUGUUUAUCAAAGAAUUGAAAGUUUGGACACCUUCAUGAAAGUCUUUUAUUAUUUAUUAAAAUCAAUUUCUAAUUCGCGAUGAAAAAUAUGACAAAAUCAAUGUUUACUUAGAAAAUUUUUCAGAAGAGUUUCUCUUUUGAAAUAUUUCUGCGGAAACAAUAUAUUUCUUAGAAAUUUUUGCUUGCAAAAUUUGGAGGCAAAAAUUGUUUUCCUUAGAAUAUAUACUAAGAGAAUUAUUUUACUUAAAAACUUUCCUCGGGAAAUUUGAAAAUAUAUGUAGUUAUCUUUUGGAAUAGAUAACUAUAGGACAUAAUAUGUCACUAAAAUUAAAUAAUAGAAGUAAUUGUUAUUUUUAUCUAUCAAAUACAGUGAAAUAGUGAACCUUAGAAUUAAGCAAUUAAAAUUAAGAAUUUUUUAUGAAUGUGGAAUUAGAAAUGACGCCGUCCAUUUUGUACAGGGUGUCACCUAAAAAUCUGCAUGUAUUUUAAAAUCGAGUGCCAUAUUCAUCAAGACAAUGAAAGGGUUUUAUGUAUUUAUUAAGACUUAACCCUUUGUAUUUGUACUUUUCUGACAUAUAGUCGUUUUUGCCCAAUUAUUUCUUUCUAAAAAAGUGAUUGAUUUCUCUUAAUAAUUCACAAUGAUUUCGAAUAAUUCCUUUAAUAAUAAUUGGACUCAUAAUUAUAUCAAAUAAUUCCUAAGGAAUAAUAUCAAGUUAAUAGUAAGUUAUUGAUUGCAAAUUGUAUUAGAAAUAUUAGUUUAAGCAAAUAUAAUUUAUAUCCAAUUAUUAUUAUAUGAAUUAUUUAUAACAUAAUUUAUAGUUUAAUAAUAACGAUCACACAUAAUAAUAACUUUUAAUAUAUAGUGAUUUAAUCUCAGUUAUUACUAGGAACUAAUUUUAAUUAAAAGGAUUAUUAUUCAUCUUAAAAAUUAAUUGUUAACUUCCGAUAAUCCUUUUAAUUUAAAUUGGUUUUAAUGAAUGCAGGAAUAUAUUUCAUUAAAUUUUAUUUAUAAUUGAUUUUUACGAUUUCGUAGUAAUAACUAAGAUCAUAAUUACUCAAAUUAAUUCCUAAUGGCUGAAUUUAUCAUUAUUAUUUACGAUUAAUAAUUUCAAUUGCCUCUUUGAGACACCUAAUAUAUUUUGGUGUUUUCUUCGAGAUCUUUUAAUUCUAUUCAAAUACAAUUCGUUUCCUUAAACGAGGACCACGUGUAGCGCCUCUGCAUUUACUUGUUAUCGCCAUAUUUACUAAACUUUCACUAUUAAGUAUUUUUUCUCAGUUAUUAGUACUAUUUAAAAACGAACGUGUGUGCGUGUGUGCGUGUGAAUGUGUGUAAAAACCUGAGCAAUUUAGUUAAAUUACCGCGUUUUAGUCGCGCGUUUAACUCUAAAUGCGAUUGCUCGAUCUUCGCUUUAAUAAACGCUUUAAUAAAUAUUCUCUUAUGAGAAAAAUCAAGUUGCGAGUCGCUUUAAGCAUUAAACGCGUCGCCUAGAGCGCGGAAAAUGUGUAAUAAAACGUCGUGUCACUUAAGAGAGAAUACGCUCUUUUAUAUUACUAUACAUACAUGUUAUAUAUAGUCAUGUAAGCAUUGUUCCCGUAUUUAUUUUUACGAUCACAUUUAAUGACGCUUUUUUCACGACGAAGAAUCGAUCUUUCAAAUAGUCGUUUAAAUGUAAUCGUCUUCUUCAAUUUUAUAUAAAUGCGUCGUCUCAACGAACUAUUAAUUAACUAUUGAUUACUUAUUAAAAGACGCAUUCCUGAUCAAUGUUAGAUUUUUAAGCCUUUAUACAUUUUCAAGAUGAAAUUUUUACAGUUAUCUUUCAGUAUUCUAUAAUUAUGAAAAACAUUUUUUUGUUAAAUAAUUAGAAUUUUCUGCAGUGUUAUUUUUUUAAUAUUAACAUUUUUUAUAAAAAAUAUUUUGUUGCAAUUGAUCAUUGCAAGAACAUUCUUUGAAAGAACAACAUAAUUGAUCAGGGACGCUUUAUAUACAUCACAGACUUUUACUGUAAUUACCUUAUAACUAAGAGAGAAGACAUGUCUUUCUAAUUUAUAUUUAUUUGUUCCAAAUUUGCUCAAGGCAACCCUUGUCGUAUUAAGACAAAUGUCAAUCAGCAAAUUUAUAUUAUCCUUCGCUCGAUUAUUUACCACAGAAUUGUCGAAUGCUCGCGGAAGAGGCUCGAAGACAAUUCCCUUCGUUGUCGUGCUACUGUGAGUAGAGUCGCUGUAAAUUCUAGGACAUCUGGUGUCGAACAUUCCACACAAAUCGCGAAAGAUGCUGACAAACAGUAGGACAAAGUCGAACAGCCAAGCUACUCACGUGUUUGGGAAAAAUCCUCCCAAACAGUAGUGAGAGGCUGUUUAGAGAUGGAUGUUGCUCUAUUGACGCAAAGCCUCACUAGAGGAACGAAGAAAGAAGAAAAGAAAGAGAGAGAGAGACACGAGACGAGCGUACCGUUGUGCGCGUACUUAUUUAUAGUAGCGUUCAAGUUCUUAUGCUCCGUCUUGAACAUUUCAAAACGCUUCACCGUGAGUGAUCAGAGAAGAAAUGUUGAAUUCUGGGCAUAUUGUGUAAAUAUACAUAUGUACUGAGCGACGAUUAAUAACGAUGACUGUAACUGGUGAAACGAUUAAUACAUGUGUACGUUGUGUGGAUGCGUGUGUGUGCGAGAGUGUACAUGAGAGAGUGCGUCAGAUCGCGGAGCGAAGAAUAGCGACUAUUAGUGUCAUAAUGCUACUCUUUACGAGGCAUAAUUCUGAAUUUUCAUGGUCGUAAGUCCUUAUCAAAGUCCUCCAUUACUUAGCAACUGCGACGUGCACUUGUUGUUUUUGUUGUUAUACUCACAACGAACCGCGGGAACAGAUGUGUUACCCGUGUCUCUUUAUGAGAAUUGUAAUGCGUUAGUUGCUGACAAAAUAUCAAAGGUACUCCGAUCCUUUUGCACUUCGAUUGUCUAUAGUUAAAUUUUGCUUUUAUUCUCCUCAAUAUUUCCUUCAUUACACUCACUUAGGAUUUUUGGAUAUCUAGGUAUUGAGGGUUUCUUAGAGUUUUGGAAUUUUGAGGUCCUGGUAUGUUUUUAACUUGGUGUGAUUAGAAUUUUCCGUUCUUGGAUCUUUGGAUUUCUGCAAUUCAGAGUCUUUGCAUUUUAACAAUUUUGGAUUAGCAGAUUCUCUUCGCAACUUUCAUUUUUAGGACUUUAAGUUUUUGUAUCUUUGACUCCUAAGAAUUCUUUGGACCUCCGAACUUCUGGCACAAUUUGGAUUUUUAAUUAAGGUUCUUCAACUUGAAACCUUUAUAUCCCCAAACACGUAAUUUCUUUUAUAUGUUUUCAAAUAUCCGAAUAUUCUAAUUGAUCGUUCAAUCCGAAUCAGAUUAAUCAAUCUGUUUCACUCAUAUAUUUUUAGAUUCUUUGUUUCUUCAGCCAGAUCCAUUUCCGCGUUUCUUUUUAGCUGCACGACCUUUCAGAUCCUCAAGUUCUGGAUCUUUGUUUAUUUCCGUUUUUUAGAGACGGACUCUUCGCAAAACCGACUGAUUUAUCAUAAGUUUUGUAGCCGAUUUUUGACAGAUCACUUAAUCAUGUAACUUCGAGGAGCGCCUCAUAUACGAUCUAACUAAUUACAAAGCGAUUAACGAGAUUCUUCAAAAUUUUUUGUACACAUGUAUUUCGAUAUGCGCUUGUUGACAAUUAUUUAUUCGAUAUAUGUCAUUGCGUAGAUAUAAUUGUGUCAUAAAAUAGCUGUGCAACGACAUGUGUAUUGAACUGACAGUUGUUAAUGAGUGUUUACGAAAUAUCAACUUGUCAUGUUGCAUAAUUUUUGUCAUAACGAUAAUUUGCAAAGUUUGUAAAAGUAAAGGAUGUUUCUUAAAAUGUAGUAUUAGCAAUAUAUGCAAUGUGACUUGGUUGCUGAUGACAAAUUGUAAUGUAUUUGAAUUUACAUUACAAAUAUCUCGAGCUUCGGAAGCGUAUUGAUAACGUUUCUUUUCUUUCCGAGAAUUGUUAUCACACGUUUUUCUUAAUGUUUCCGUUAGAUCGUGUAUGAUCUGAACUGUGUAUAAGUCCCUAUUGAUUUGAGAUUGUUGAUCAUAAAUGGAUAGAUGAUUAGAAUAACGAAGAGAUGAUAUGAAGAUGAUCGUAGAUCAUAAUGACGAGGAUGAUGAUGACAAUGAUAAUGAUGGGUUACAUGCGAAACGGCAGCUUUUUAAUAUGUCUAAAAAAGUAUUGUCAACAAAUACUCUUGAACGUUUUAAUUAAAAGUAAUUCGUACAAUACGUAAAA